GGCUGGGUGGAUAUCGAUACCAGGAGAUGGGCUGAUGUCCUCAACCGCUCCCCGAUCUCUUAUAUACCUUUCACCUCCCUCAAUAACCCCGUGUACCACAUCGGCCCCGCCAAGGAACGCCCAAAUCACCCUUCUGCGUGAUAAGCGUAAACACGGGAGAUUGAGAACAUCCUACCUGGCCACAAGACCAGAGACCCGCUCCCCGCAGCGAUAGGUACGUCCCAAAAG